UGAAGUGCUGGCGGACGCGGCCUCCGGGGGCGCAAGGCGGCAGCAGCGGUGGCGACCAAACGGGUGUUGGAGUUGGCGGCGGCCAUGGAGGGCCUGGCUGGCUAUGUGUACAAGGCGGCCAGCGAGGGCAAGGUGCUGACUCUGGCCGCCUUGCUGCUCAACCGGUCUGAGAGCGACAUCCGCUACCUGCUUGGCUAUGUCAGCCAGCAGGGAGGGCAGCGCUCCACGCCCCUCAUCAUCGCGGCCCGCAACGGGCACGCGAAGGUGGUGCGCUUGCUGUUAGAGCAUUACCGAGUGCAGACCCAGCAGACCGGCACCGUCCGCUUCGACGGGUAUGUCAUUGAUGGUGCCACUGCUCUUUGGUGUGCUGCAGGAGCAGGACAUUUUGAAGUUGUUAAACUUCUGGUCAGCCAUGGAGCCAACGUGAACCAUACCACAGUGACUAACUCCACCCCUCUGCGUGCAGCAUGCUUUGACGGCAGACUGGACAUUGUGAAAUACUUGGUAGAGAAUAAUGCCAACAUCAGCAUUGCCAACAAGUAUGACAACACCUGCCUAAUGAUUGCAGCCUAUAAGGGACACACUGACGUGGUCCGAUACCUUCUAGAGCAGCGAGCUGAUCCCAAUGCAAAAGCACAUUGUGGAGCCACGGCGUUGCACUUUGCAGCGGAGGCCGGGCACAUAGAUAUUGUGAAAGAGCUGAUCAAAUGGCGAGCGGCGAUAGUAGUGAAUGGCCAUGGGAUGACACCGUUGAAGGUAGCUGCCGAAAGCUGUAAAGCUGAUGUCGUGGAACUGUUGCUCUCUCAUGCUGACUGUGACCGAAGAAGUCGGAUCGAAGCUUUGGAACUCCUGGGUGCCUCCUUUGCAAAUGACCGCGAGAACUAUGACAUCAUGAAGACCUACCACUAUUUAUACUUAGCCAUGUUGGAGCGGUUUCAAGAUGGUGAUAACAUUCUUGAAAAAGAGGUUCUCCCACCAAUCCAUGCCUACGGGAAUAGAACUGAAUGUAGAAACCCUCAGGAACUGGAGUCUAUUCGGCAGGACAGAGAUGCUCUUCACAUGGAAGGCCUUAUAGUUCGGGAACGGAUUUUAGGUGCUGACAACAUUGAUGUUUCCCAUCCCAUCAUUUACAGGGGCGCUGUUUAUGCGGAUAACAUGGAAUUUGAGCAGUGUAUCAAGUUGUGGCUUCAUGCCCUGCACCUCAGGCAGAAAGGCAACAGAAAUACCCACAAGGAUCUUCUGCGAUUUGCUCAAGUUUUCUCACAGAUGAUACAUUUGAAUGAAACUGUGAAGGCCCCGGACAUAGAGUGUGUCUUGCGGUGCAGCGUCUUGGAAAUAGAACAGAGUAUGAACAGGGUAAAAAAUAUCUCUGAUGCUGAUGUCCACAGUGCCAUGGACAAUUAUGAAUGUAAUCUCUACACCUUUCUGUAUUUAGUGUGCAUUUCUACCAAAACACAGUGCAGUGAGGAAGAUCAGUGCAAAAUUAACAAGCAGAUCUAUAACCUGAUCCACCUGGACCCCAGAACUCGUGAAGGUUUCACCUUGCUGCAUCUAGCUGUCAACUCUAACACCCCUGUGGAUGAUUUCCACACCAACGAUGUCUGCAGCUUCCCAAAUGCACUGGUCACCAAGCUCCUUUUGGACUGUGGUGCAGAGGUAAACGCUGUGGACAACGAGGGCAACAGUGCCCUGCAUAUCAUUGUCCAGUACAACAGGCCCAUCAGUGAUUUUUUGACCUUGCACUCUAUCAUCAUCAGCCUGGUGGAAGCGGGCGCGCACACGGACAUGACAAAUAAGCAGAACAAGACUCCGCUGGACAAAAGUACAACCGGGGUAUCGGAAAUACUGCUUAAAACUCAAAUGAAGAUGAGUCUCAAGUGCCUGGCUGCCCGAGCAGUUCGGGCUAAUGACAUUAACUACCAAGACCAGAUCCCCAGAACUCUUGAAGAGUUUGUUGGAUUUCAUUAAGUGACUGGCUAUGUAAAAUCGUUUAAUGUGGUGCUAAAAAGUAAAGGACUUUAAUCACAGACAAUAGAAUUAUGUGUUCAUAAGUUGUGCUUUGCUUUCUACCCUCCUUCCUUUCAACCCACCCUCCCCUUGUUCUGUCUUUGGUCUUCUUGCCUUAUAAGGUGAUUGAUUUCAGACACACUUUAAACCAAGCUACAUUGUCAAGGAGUAACUAUAAUCUAAGGGGUUUGGCUGUCGGUUUCUUAUUUGUCUUUUUUUAAAAGAAACAAAUAUACAGUACUUUGUUUAUGUAAUAAGGGAUGUUUAUGAUUUCAAGUUUAUACUGUUUUAACAGCUGCCUACAAGUCUUUCUGUUAAGUCUAUGUCAGUAGUUUUCCACGCAGCAGUUUGAGGAUUGCAUGAUGAAAAAGAACCAAAAAGGAACCCUGAAAGCAAUGGGAGGUCCAGGUGUUGUGCACAUGUACUGUAGUCUUCACUCUUCUGUCAUGUAUGUGAGGGAGGUGACACAUUCUGACAGCAGGAGGACUUAAAAAAUAUAGCCACACGAUAACCUGAAAAAAGUGCUAGUUUAAUAAUACCUGCAGAUUUAGAAAAUUGAAUCCAUUGCAUCGUGCUGAGUACUGUGUUCAAAGUGAUAAUUCUCAGAGAAGUUUGAGGGGCUCUGCCUUUAGGCUUGAAUUUUCUGGAGUCUGUUCUAAUGUACUUAGUCUAAGUUGCAUCCAGCUGCAUUUGAUUCACCUCAUAGACAUUAUGAAUGCUGUGUUUCCUUAUGACAUAAAUUAUCACCAUAUAGUCAUGUAUUCUCUUUCAGUGCCCCCUUCUCCAUUUCCUCAUGUGUUAAAUCUUAAAAUUUGGAUACUGCUUUUCCAGAGGGCAUUGUGCUUCCCUAAUGUGUUUAUGAUUGAUGAAAAGGAGCCAGGAUAUUUUUAAAUGUGUACACUUUUUAGUCCAUUAUAAGAGGUAGAAAAAUCACUAGUCUGGUGUGUAUACAAAAUUUGAAUGUUUUUGAUGAUGAAAACAAUUCUCAAUGCCACUUGAAAGGUAUUUUGAUGGAGCUGCAGAAUUUUCUACCACAAAAUGUCAGUUAUUUUGACAGGCUGUACAGAGGUCUUUGUUUUCUUGUUUUAACAGUUAACAUUUCAAACUAUCUAAAAGAGCAUUCUGUGAUUAAAGUGUAGUAGGAAUUCAAACAAAAGGUACUCACCUAUUUCUAUUGAUGUUAAAAAUGAUAAUGAAAGUAAAGUUAGCUGUCUCUCUAAUUUUCUCUCUAGUGCCAAACGAAUGCCUUAGCUACUCAUAGUGCAUGGUACUGUAAGUGAAGACCUGCAGCUUUUUUUGUUUAAUGAAAAGCAUUCUAAUGAUGUAGCAGCAUCAAGUAUAAACUUUAAAACAUAAGAUUUUAAUUACCAUUUCACAUAUGGAUAUCACUUUGUGAAAUAUAAGAGAAAGGUUGCAGUUGGAUCAGUGUUAAAACAAUGACCAAGCCAAAAUCCGCACCUAGGGCCUUAAAUAGAGAUAACCCCAUGAGAUGAAAUGCUUUUUUGUAGGGUGGAAGGGGAGACUUUAAAAACUUCCUCCCCAGGGAUGUAUGAUACAGUUGCUGUUUUUCUACUGUGCUUCUUCUUGCUUCAGCUAGGAAUGUUUUGAUGGUAAAUCCUGUCAUGGUAAUAAAUUUCUGUUUGCCCAACCUGAGAUUUUAAGAGGAAGGUUUUCAGGAUGGCCUAAAGGGAGGCAUUAAAAUGAGCCCUGGCUGGGUGUGGUGGAACAUGCCUGUAAUCACAGCACCUGGGAGGCUGAGGCAGAAGGAUCCCU